AUGACCCUGUAUGGGGGUCAGACCCAGUUUAAGAAGCUUCGGCUUAUUCAACAGUGUCCUGGAGCCUCGAGAGAGUCCCACCCUGCCACCAUCCUGCUGUGCAAAUCCAAGAGCAGUCAGGAUUCCCUGGUGCCCAAAGAACACCAGAUAUUAGUGGAGGUUGCCUACAACUCAGCAAUCUGCUUCAAGAUGCUCCGGGACAUAGGCACCUCAGACAUUCUCCAACUCAAGUACAUCACCAAGAAGAUAAAGAAGAUGGCUCAAAGGUCCCCCAACCUAGUGAUGGAAACCAUCUAUGAUUACUUCAGAGACAACCCAGAGAUCUCCAACCGGCACAGAUUCCGGCUGUUCCAGGUCCUGAAGGCCGUUAUUCGAGCCCGUGACGUCUUGGAGGAGAACUGGCAGGAGUACUUCAUGCAACUGGCCCUGGAGCACAUGACCAAGUCCACAGAACUGGAUGAUAUAUAUCAAGAUGCAGCUAGCAAUGUGUUACUGGCCCUCUGCUGGCAUUCAUGGCCAGCAGUGGCCAAGCACUUGGAGACGGAGUUCCUGACGGGUGUCUUCCCACACCGCAGCCUACUGUAUGUGAUGGGCAUCCUGUCCUCUCAAGAGGAUUUUCUCAAGAAAGAAGACAGAGAGAGCUGGAAAAGUCUGAUUGCCCAGAUGGCCAAGAAGUCGGUGCCAUUCCUGAACACAGAUGUGUGGUCCAAGGAAUUGCUGUGGACCCUCACCAAGUCUGGCUGGAUGCAGCAAGAGCAUACCCCAGAGAAGGACUUCCUGUUCACCUACUACGGGCUAAUCCUUCAAGCUGAGGACAACAGCACUACCAUAAGGACGCACCUAAAAACCCUCUUGGAAACAUCUCACCAGUGGCCCAAGCAGAGGGAGGGCAUGGCUCUCACAGUGGGGCUGGCUGCCGUACGCCACUUGGAUGAUACCUGGGCCAUCCUAGAGCAGUUUGGACGGAGCACACCCAUCAAAUGGAGCCUCCAGAACCUUUCCCUGAAGAGCCUCGAGAACCUUCGGUGGAAGUGGGCUGGCAGCACUAUCCUCCUCUCCUACGGCCAGAUGGCAGCCAAGGCCAAGAGCCAAAUCCUGCCGUGGGUGGACAACAUCUUGUCCAGGAUGAUCUUCUACUUCCGCUUCAGCUCCUGGGAUGAGACCCUGAAACAAAGCUUCUUGAUGGCCACCAUGAUGCUGGUAGAGUCCAUCAGCCGGAGUGAGGGUGCCCACAGCUACGAGUUCUCCCAGACUUCAGAGCUCCUGGAGUGUCUGACAAUACUGAUGGAGAAAGAGCCGCAAGACACGCUGUUCACCAACAUUCGCCAGCAGGUCAUCCACAUUACCUCCAGACUCUGUGCGCUGAGGCCACCCAUGGAUAUGGACAGGAAAUUCCAGCUCCUCUCCUCCUGCUUCCGCAGUGUCUUUACCCUGCCACUGAUGGAUGUCCUGGAGAAGCACACCUGCCUCUUCCUGGAACCACCCAACAUCCAGGGCCUGUACACCCAGACCAUGGAGGCGAUGGACCAAAUGCUGCAGUCCUUCAUGGUGCAGAACCCCACAGCCGAUGAGCUGUACUUCCUGCUGGCGCACCUGUACAUCUGGCUGACGUCAGAGAAGACCCACGAACGGCAACGGGCUCUGCACAGAUGCACCAACCUCUUCAAAUUCCUGAACUAUAAACGCUGCCUAAGUACCACGGAGAACUUCAGAAGGAUCGGGCAGCUGGUGGCCAUGCUGGGAAUCCUGUGCCUGGACUCUGACAGGACCAUCCAGUGCUUCAGUGUAGAAGCCGUGGGCCAUCUCUACCAGCUCCUGUUGCACCAGAAAGCAGGAGACAUUCCAAAGGUGGAGAAGGAGACCCCUCAGGAACUCCUCCUGCCCGAUGCAGUUGGAGCUUCCCUGUGGAGCAGUGGAGACCAGAGGGGCACUCUUCUGAUCCCCCAGAAGAUGGCAUCCAACCACGUCAGCAUCUUCUACAUGGACAGCAAUCACGCCAUCAAGGAGAUAGUGAGUCAUCUCUCAAUGGCAGAACUGACCGACCUCAUCUGGACAGCCAUCGAUGGCUUGGGCUCUACCAGCAUUUCCUGGGUGCAGGCGGCUGCCGAUUUGCUUUUUCUUGUCAUCCAGGAGCAUGGGGACAACCUGGAGACUGUUGGUAAAAUGGGCCAGGCCAUCCACCACCACCUCUGUACCAUCAAAAUGCCCCAAGCCAAGACCAGUGUCCUGCGUGUCAUCACCGUACUGGCCCGGAACCACAUCCCAGAGCUGGUGGCUGCCUUCCUAGACUUUUCCUUGCCCCUGGACAGCCAUGCCUUCUGCCUGUGGAGGGCCCUGGGAGCUGAAGAGCCUGCGAGCCACUUGGUUCUGACUGUGCUGCUGGCUUGGCUGCAGAAGAGGCCUCUGCCUCCUAGUGUCGGCAACGGCAUCUCCUGUCCCAAUGAGAGGCCCUACAUGCGUUCACUGGCUGCCAUGCACGCAAUUCACGAACUACAGUUCGCGCGAGAGUUCAAGAAAGCCGUGAGGGAUAUUUUUCCCCAGCUGUUCCUGGCCCUUCUGGCCCAAAUGCACUAUAUCCUGGAGUUGAACCAACCCAAAGAGCCUGAGCAGAAUCAGAAAGUCUGGGAAGCAAUCACGCCAAGUCCCCAAAGCCUGGCCUCUCUACCUGGUUGCAGCACGUCACUGGAGGCACUGAAGAGUCUGCUGUCCACCACGGGACACUGGCAUGACUUUGCUCACCUGGAACUGCAGAGUGCCUGGGAGUACUUCACCGCCAUCCACACCUAUCCACAGGGCGUGGGCCUCCUUGCCAGGGCCAUGGUGCAGAACCGCUGCACACAGAUCAAGGCGGUUCUCGGCUUCUUGCUGCCCAGCCUGCAGAGCCCGCAGGAGCGAGAGAGGAAGAUAGCCAUCCUGCUCCUCAUUGAGUUCCUAUAUAGCCCUGCCUUGUUGGAGGUGCUUUCUAAACAGGCUGCCCUGACUAUACUGGCUCAAAGUCUCCAGGACACCAGCUCUGAGAUCCGUGUGGCCAGUCUGCAGGGCCUUGGAAACAUACUCUUCCACCCGGAGAAGGGCGCCCUUCUCCAGGGUCAACUGUCAGCCUUCCUCGAUGGCUUCUUCCAACACAGUGAGACAGUAGUGGUGGGCAUGAUGGGCAUGGUGUCGGAUGUACUGCACCGCCUGGGCACACAGGGCACAGGUGCCCAGAGCCUCAGCAUCGCUACCAACGCCAGCUGUUUCUUUGAUAACGAGCAGGACAAUAUUCGAGCAGCCGCUAUAGCACUGUUUGGGGAUCUGGUAGCAACGAUGACAGACAGGGAGUUGAACGGCCUGCGGUCCCAAGUAUGCCAGAGUAUGGUGCCUUUGCUCCUGCACCUGAAGGACCAGUGUCCAGCUGUUGUCAUGCAGGCCAAGUUCACUUUCUACCGCUGUGCUGUGUUGCUCCGUUGGCAGCCACGGCACACCCUGUUCUGCUCGCUGGCCUGGGAGACGGGCCUCAGCGCCCGCCACUUCCUCUGGACCUGCCUGAUGACCCAGAGCCAGGAGGAGUUCAGCAUCCACCUGUCGCAGGCCAUCAACUACCUGCACAGCCACCAGCACCGCAUCAAGACCUGGGCAGCUCUUUUUAUAGGGUACACCGCCUGCUACCAACCCCAGGCCAUGUCACAGAUGAUAAAUGACAUGGACACCGAGCUGCUAUUCUCCACUUUUAAAGACCUCAAAAAAGACCCAGAACCCAGCAUCCGGGAAUUUGCCACCAGACAGCUGCCAUUACUUCAGGAGGUGUCAAGCAGACCCAAGAAGUGACUUGGAGCCAUCCUCCCCAUCUCUACCCUCAGAACAGCCCUGUCCCUACCCUGUCCACA